UUGUACACAUGCGGAGAUGCUGCCUUUAGUGGCAGAACCACGUCUUGGAGUGUGCAUGGAAUCUCGAAUGUACCGCUAGCAUCUGUUCAUGUGGACUAUGUUGGUAGGAUAGGCAGACAGACAUCACAAGAGAAGGCGUGUUGGAUGGAGUCAACCAGCAACAGACUGUGUUCAGUUGUGUGUCAGGAGAAGUUGUUUAAACCCUACGGUGGACUCUGCAGGCUCAGGGAGUGAGAGGACUGGAGAUUGACAGAACGAGGCCCAAAGCGAAUUCCUAUCCCUGUUUCAGGACCAUGGAAGAAUUACCACUUUAGCUCCCUGGAUCCCAAUCAAAGAAUGAAGGGAAAGAGAGUAACAGAAAUCUGAAAGCACUUAUCCCUUUAUCACGUAAAUGCCUUAAUCUGCUGAUCUAUGGACCACUCCGAAACUGAAUCAGAUAUGGUCCAUCAGAAAGUACAAGCGAUUCUUCGUGGCCUAGAUGGACAACAUCCGGCACUGCAGUCAGACCACGGGAUGUUGAGAUGGACUCUACAUAAGAGUCUGGAACGCAACCCUAGCAGUGCCAGCAUCAUGGUGGGGGCCCUAAUCAAGGAACUGGAAGGGGCCGAGACCAGGAACAAUCUACAUUACAUCAUCCCUUUACUACACACCCUGAUGUACACAAUCAUUAAGGCAGCGUAUAUCUCUGACGAGUUAUAUGAAAGAGUUUACAUUUUCUGUAAGAAGAUACUGACCCUUCCAAAACCCUACUGCACGAUUGGCUUAGACUGUGCCCAAAGGAUAAAGACUGAGCGAAAAGUGCCAGGGUUUUCAUAUCACAAACUGGUGAUUUCUGAGCAAAAUCUGAGAUGUGAUGCAGCUCAACAUCAGGACAAGGUGCUGCUAUUUCUGGACCCCGAUCUCGUGUCUGAGGCAGUGUGUAACACUCUUCUGAGAGAGACCCAGGGAGUCCAGAUGUCAAAGAUGCCCAUUUCGUGUAUGACCUACGUGAUCACUAACAGCCUGCAAGCUGCUCUGGGGACGGACUGUGACAUUGCCUUGGUGCAAAGGGUGCUGCAGGAUCAGACGGCCGAGGAGGUUGAACUUUGGUUCCAAGAAGUGCUAUCAGUGUUGGAGCAAAGUCAGCACAGGAGUGAAAACAGCAGGCGGAAGCACAGUGAAAGUCUUCUGGAGAUCUACGAAAAGAUAGUUGGUUCCUCAGAGGCAGACAUACAAACAUCCAGACUGCAGAGGAUACCUCUUCCAAGUCCAGACAUCAGUGUCCAUUUAUGGACAGAUCAAGACCAACUAUGGAAAGAGCUUGUCUUGUUCACCAAAGAAACCCAGAACACUGAACCAGAGUCCGACUCCUUUAGGAUCCCAGAGCUGCACCAGGACAUGACGGGUGGUGAGCAGAAUCGAAUAUCAGUGUGGUCCAAUGACAGUGGGAUAGAGAGAGACUUACCUGGAAUGGAGGAGAAGGAGCAGAACAAGUUACAGCGAAAGCCAUGCAUCAAGAAGAAAGGCCCUGACAUGGAUUCUGCACUAGUCAUCCAAAAUCUGACCAAGGCACCAAGGGAGAGCAGAGAGGGGACACUUCAAAGGCUCUCGGGGACAAGCAAGGAGACUCCUACUGCUCCUGAAAAACAGCCAACUGCUCGGAUUGUGAUUCUGGGGGAUGAUCGUGCUUUGGGGAGGCUGGCCAAGGCAUAUUACUCAUUCAGGAAGAGAGAAGCCAGGAGGCCUAAUCGGACAGUGAAAGCCAACCUGCAGUUUUAUUGUAUUCCAGUCCGAGAGGACCAAACAGACCAUUCAUCAGACAAGGAGGAUGCUCACAUUGUGAGCGAGAUGUGUGAAGUCAGUAUGUAUCUAGGCCGGGUAGAUCCCUGGUAUGAAAGCAACAUUAACACCCUGAGUGAUAUGAUCCCCAAGCUCGCCGUUAUGCCUCCCUGUCCCACAAGAGAUGCCACCAGCGACCCCUUUAUUGUGGAUGUCAUGUCGUAUUACCUGAGGUUUGGGUUGCAGCCUGUGUACUUUCAGAUUUACUGUGUGAAGAUCCACUUUAGAGACGUCAGUUUGGAGCCUGUUGAAGAUGUGUUCCUGACGGAGCUUAGAGUCGACAUCCAAGAGUGCACUUUUACCAAACUUAACACCUUGAACAGGAAGAAGACAGUGAUGGAUGUCCGGGGGGCAGGAAUCCAAGUUCAUUACAAAAAGGCCUUAGCCAGUAACAGAGAGAAAGAGGGAAGUCUUGUACUGAGAACCUCAGGAGCAAUUAUAAAAACCAUCCCUAACAAGGACGCUGAAGACCUUGUGUGCUUAAAUGUUUACAUUGAUGAGUUGACGAAGUCAACCGGACGAUCGCCAUCGUGCAAAAUGAACGUGUUGAGGGCUUCCAGCAUCCAGAUGAGAAGCCUUGAGCUCAGGACCUGGAGCCUCCAAUUAGACAAGGAUGCACGGAGGACAUAUAACAACGUUUCCAGCUUAGAGGUAACACCGUGUCAGGAGCCUGGGUAUAGCUUGCAGAAGAUGAGGACAACCCGUGGCCACCUGGAUGGAAAGGAAGACUCUGGUUUGAGCAGAUACAUGACAAAGUCUCUCCUCCUGCCAAUCAAUACAUUUGCAGGCAUCAUCCAGUGACAUUUGGACAUUUAUGGACGGCCUUUGCUGCUGGAAACAUCUGCAGUGCAUUAACGCUUCUUUUCUGAGACAAGCUACUUACAUGACCAAAUAUAAGCAAUGCAAGCAGUAAUGUGUAAACGGAACCCGUCACGUUUUAAAUGCCGGUGUUCCUAAGGUAACUGAAGUGGAGUUGCAGAAUCCAUCCCAGCAGUUCCUGAUUUGACAGGAAUAUCUGCAUAACUAAACUUAGUUUUAGCUGGAUGGUACGAACGAAAAUCCCUUGAAUUAACACCCCAACAAAUCUAUCCAUCUGGGAUUUACCUGGGACACCUUAUACAUUGAAUAAGACUCCACAGGUAAAUCCUGGGCGAAUCAAUUUGUUUCUGUUGUGGAUUAAAAGGAUUUUGAUUAGAACGAAAUGAUUCAAACAAAGUUUUUUUUCACGUCUAAUGUCAGCUUGUUAUUGGCUUAUUUAUUUUGGUUCGAGCAUCAGUCAAUCAUUUUUAUUGAUGUGACUGGUGUAGCCAACCGCAGAGCGCAGAAAGGCUUACCGGACCUAUUUUAUUUUUGUCAUGUAACUAGUCUACUGUACAGGAAAGCACAAGACAACAGUUCUUGUCCAGCAACCCCACUUCUCUAGUAGUGUAUUCAAGAUGACUAGGAGGGGAAUGAUAUAGAUUGCAACACACUAAUGAUGGGAAGUUGGAGAGAAUAUGCAGUCGCAUUCUUACUGGUCAUCUGCACUGAACCAAUGAUUGUGCACUUACCCAACCCAAUUUACAAAGAUUUUUUUGUUUUUCAUAUACAAUAUGAUAUAAACUGACUUAUUUAUUGAGUGCUCUUAAAAUAAAAAUUGGAACAAUAUUUUUGACAUACA